AUGCAAAGAUCAAGAGAAGUAAAGAAACACAAGUUUCAACUUAGAGGAUGCAAGGCAUUGUGCUGUAGUUGCAGACUCAGUGUAUCUUCUUCCUCUGAAGAAGCUGAAAGCUCGAAUUCUGAUAGAUUUCCAACUAUCUCCAGCAUUGCACAUGCCAUGGUUCAAGAAAGGCUAGAUCAAAUGAUCAGAGAAAGACGGGAGGCGAGGAACGAAGAGAGAAGAAGGAUAAGACAGAGAGAAACUAAGUUUGUUGUCAUGGUCGCAAUGGAGAAAUCCUCCUAUGAUCCCAGAGAGGAUUUUAGAGAGUCCAUGGAGCAGAUGAUAAUUGUUAACCGUAUUCGUGAUGCUAAGGAUCUUCGCAGCCUCUUAGAUUAUUAUUUGACAAUGAAUUCAGAGGAAUAUCGAGGAAUCAUACUCGAGGUAUUCCAUGAAGUUUGUACUAAUUUAUUUCUCUAUUGUAAGUGUCGUUGA